AUGUUUUUUCUUUUACUUAAUAAUCAUGCCCUCACUUUUACUUCAAACAGCGUCGACCUAACUCUUUCAGACGAAUUUAGAUACUUUAUUCAUCAUAAUGGACCGGUUCCAAUUAGUGAUGAAGCCGGCGCUAAAGAUUAUCAAAAGUUUUCUCGUGUACUGAAAGUAGAGGAUGGUAAACCGUAUUAUCUUGGCCCUGGUCAAAUGUGUUUAGGAAUCACUCGGGAAAUGGUCUCAUUACCUUCAGACAUUUGCGCAUUAGUAGCAGAAGGGCGAUCUAGGUUUGCUCGAUUAGGUUUGUCCGUACAUAUUACAGCCUCAUUUAUUCAUCCUGGUGUAAAGAAUCAAACGGUUUUGGAAAUUUUUAAUGCAUCGAGUCUUACAUUGGCUCUUCAUCCAGGUACCAAAGUUUGUCAAAUGAUUUUUAUGACUAUGGAAGGACAAGCUGAAUAUUCUGGAAUUUUCCAAGGACAAGCCCUAUAA